AAAGCGUUUUCCGCACAUUAAUAGCGAUUACCGAGGAGAUUUUAGCCCUGUUAGUCUCCUUGUGACUGUAGCUUUUGCUUCUGGAUUGAACAUGUCUGCCAUGUGUUCUUAGCCAGAGCUGACCUGGCUGUUUACAGGCUGCAGCACAAUUCAUUUACCUGUGGAAAUAAGCAGAUGAUUGUGUGUUGGUGAAUGACCACACGCAGGUGGAGGAAACAGCCUUAUCUUGGCAGGAGAGAUAGAACAUGUCCGACCACAAGUCAAGUGGAAACGCAGAUUAAAAACCUCCCACGGUGCGAGCUGACCUUUACCAGCGCUCUGUGAAUGUUUCAUUAUUUUAUUGAGCUUAUCGGUUGAGCUGGGCAUUAUCUGUGUGUGCUGCACAAUUUUCCCUACAUGAAAAUUGCCUGAAGUGCUGUUUAAUUUCAUCCAUCCAUCCAUUGUCGAAAAACUUUCUCCAGUUUAGGGUUGCAGGGACAGCCAGAGCCUAUCCAGGCAAGCAACGGGUGCAGGGCCAGAUACACCAGCCCACUGUGGGGCAGACAUGGACACCCACACACUCACACCAGGGCCAGUUUUCCCAGAUAGCGUGCGAGGCAGCAGUGCACCACUGCACCACCAAGCAGCCCUGUUUAAUUUCCCUUUAGUCCUUAAAUUCAUCUUUUAAAGUUUCACAUAUAAUUUGUGCACGAGGUAUUUCUCAUUCACAGCUAGAACUUCAGGAGAUGCCUUGACAAUGCAGGAACAAAUCCAAGCCCAAGAACCCCCUGAUGAAAUGUGUGGUUUUAAAGCUGCUUUCACUUCCAAAUGUUCGUGUCUCGGGUGGAGGAGGUGCUGAAUGACUGGAAGCUGAUUGGCAGCAGUGUGGGGAAGCCUUUGGAGAAGGGAAUAUAUACAAGUGGCACCUGGGAAGAAAGACAGCAGGAAAUUUGCUUUGCGGAUUUCAGAUUCGCAAUAACCCAUCACUAUCUAAAACAGGAGUCGUCUGACAGAGAGGGCAAAGAGGAACCCGAAGAAGAUGCAUUCCCAGUGGCUAUGCAAGAUUUGCUGUGCAUGAACAAUGAUUUCCCACCCAUCGCUCACUGUUUAGUCAGAUGGUAUGGUUUGCGAGAAUUUGUUGUAAUUUCCCCGGGAGCCAACUCUGAUGCAGUCAUCAGUGAAUCCAAGUGCAGCCUGCUGCUCAGUUCCAUCGCUAUUUCACUGGGAAACACUGGCUGCCAGGUGCCAGUGUUUGUACAGAUCCAGCAGAAAUGGAGGCGGAUGUAUGUGGGCGAAUGUCAAGGUCCUGGUGUGCGCACAGACUUUGAGAUGGUCCACCUCCGCAAAGUGCCCAGUCAGUACAACCACCUGUCUGGGUUGCUGGAUGUUUUCAAAUCAAAGAUUGGAUGCCCAUUAACACCCAUGCCGCCCAUCAGCAUAGCAAUCAGGUUUACGUACAUCCUGCAGGACUGGCAGCAGUAUUCUUGGCCCCAGCAGCCUCCAGACUUUGACGCCCCGCUAGGUGGAGAGGUGGGAGGUGUGGAAUUUGGGAAGUUGCCAUUCGGGGCUUGCGAGGAUCCGAUCAGUGAGCUUCACCUUGCUACUGCGUGGCCUCACCUGUCUGAAGGCAUCGUGGUUGACAAUGAUGUGUAUUCUGAUUUAGAUCCACUUCAGGCUCCUCAGUGGUCUGUAAGAGUGAGAAAAGCUGACAACCCUCAGUGCCUUUUGGGAGACUUCCUUACCGAGUUCUUCAAGUUGUGCGGCCGAAAAGAGUCUACUGACGAAAUCCUUGGGAGAUCUCCCAUCGAGGACGAGGGCAAAGAGAACAGCGACAUCACUCAUGCGUUGUCGAAGCUGACGGAGCCCAGCACUGUCCCCAUUCAUAAGCUCUCGGUGUCCAACAUGGUGCACAGUGCAAGGAAAAGGAUCCGCAGGCAUCGCCGGGUGGAGGAGUCACCUCUGAGCACUGACGUCCUCAAUUCGAUCUUAUUGUACCUCUUCCCUGACGCUGCUGAGAAAUCAUCUGACGCAAACGAUGCAAAGCCUGUCACACCUAAUCCAAACAGCAAGCCUGAGAAGGAUGCGGAGGAUUAUAACCUGUACAACCAGUUUAAAUCUUCCCCUGCUGACACCCUGACGUACAGACUGGCGCUGUGUCUUGGCAUGGUGAACUUCUACCAUGGAGGAGUGAAGGCUGUGGCUCACCUGUGGCAGGAGUUUGUGCUGGAAAUGCGUUACAGAUGGGAAAAUAACUACCUCAUACCUGGUUUAGGCAGUGGACCUCCUGACCUGAGAUGCUGCCUACUGCACCAGAAGCUUCAGAUGCUGAACUGCUGCAUCGAGCGGAAGAAGGCCCGGGACGAGGGGCGGAGAGCCGGCCCGCCGGACGGCGCCAGGGAGAGGAAGGCGUCGGGCUGCGAGAACGGCAGGCCGGGCCAGGAGGGCUCGGCGCCGGAGCCGGCCCAGGGGAAGUCCUGGGACUCGUGGAGCGACAGCGAGGAGGAGUUCUUCGAGUGCGUGAGCGACGCGGACGAGCUGCGGGACGGCUCCCAGGGCGGCGAGGAGGCCCCCCGGGCCCGGCCCGAGGGCCGGCUGCACCCUCACGGCAAGCUGACCCUGCUGCACACACAGGAGCCGCUGUAUAUCCCAGUCACGCAGGAGCCGGCGCCGAUGACAGAGGAUUUGCUAGAAGAGCAGUCAGAGGUGUUGGCCAAAUUAGGGACAUCAGCCGAGGGAGCACAUCUGCGGGCUCGAAUGCAGAGCGCCUGCCUGCUCUCCGACAUGGAGUCCUUCAAGGCAGCGAACCCGGGCUGCUCCCUGGAAGAUUUUGUCAGGUGGUAUUCCCCUCGGGACUAUGUUGAGGAGGAGGUGGUUGACGAGAGGGGAGAGACGGUUCUCCAGGGACAGCUGAGCGCCAGGAUGAGGAUCCCAGGGAACAUGUGGGUGGAGGCCUGGGAGACAGCCAAGCCAACUCCGGUGCGCCGCCAGAGGAGGCUGUUUGAUGACACCAAGGAAGCCGAGAAGGUUCUGCAUUACCUAGCCCAGCAGAAGCCGGCUGACCUUACUAGACACCUGCUGCCCUGCAUUAUCCAUGCUGCAAUUCUGAAAGAGAAAGAGGAAGAGGCAGUAGAAGAUAUCCCAUCUGUUAGAAAGACCAUCCAGCAGUUCAUAUCUCUUGGCAGUAAGCUCUUGCAUCACCCGAACCCAGACUACAAGAAAUUGGAGGACCUCAUUAACCAGAUCAUGCUUGGGGAGGCCGUCAUUGCCAGGGCUCGGUCCCUGAAAGCGAAGUUUGGGAUUGGCAAGUGUGAAAAGGUGGAUGACCAGGAGGAACUGGAAAGGUUUGUGGGCCGUCUGCUGGAGGAGCCGGAGGUGCCUGUGAUUGGAGCAGGGAGAGGGCCGGCCGGCAGCAUCAUUCACAAACUGUUUGUGAGCGCUCAGAGGCUGGCUGAAUCUACUGAUGAGGCUUCCCUGCUGGCGCCGGCGGAGGAGGACCUGGAGCGGCCGGGCGACAGGAAGCCCUGUCCGGACUUCCCCCCGCCGGCGGGCCGCGAGCUGGUCCUGCGGGCGCUGGCCCCCCGCCCUGCGCCCUACUCCCGGGCCCUGCCGCAGCGCCUGUUCUGCGUGCUGACCAGGGAGGACUUCCGGCUGGCCGGGGCCUUCUCCUCGGACACCUCCUUCUUCUGAUGCCCUCGCUUCGGGCUCCAGAGCCGCUGGAGCGGUGAUCAGCCUGCCCCGUGCGCAGUGCGUCUGACAUUGUCGCAUCCAAAACGUAUCUCUCCUACCAUCUCAACAGCUUAUGUGCCACCUGCAACUCCUGCGUGAAGUUUGUGGCAUUCCAGUAUUUUUUUCUGGGGGGGGGGGUUCAGGUAUUUAUAAAAUGCCAUAUGUGGUUCUAUUUUUCCUCAUGUGCAUAAAGAUAUCGAUUUAACUUUUACCGUUGUUCACCGCUGCAUGUGUGCUGAGACUACGGCAAGUGUUUUUAAUACAAAACCCCUCUGGUGGAAAGUGCAAUUAUAAAGAUUACAAUGUAAAAAGUAGCACUCAUUCCCUAAUUCCAGUUAUUUAGAAAAUGGCAUGAUUAAUGUUGUUAGCAUAGUUUAUGCGAUAAGUGAUGUAAACCAUUACCAAUAGAAUUAUUCUGUAAUUUAACUGUGUAAAGGGGAAAUUCAUCCGAAACAAACAUGAAUGUCAGCACUCUGCUCUGAAAGUAUUAGUACAUUGUAUAAUAAGUGUAGGCUCCAAAAUAUCUGAAGACUUCAGUCAACAUGUCUGCAGUCUAAACUGUCACUAAGAUCAAACACUGGUGUGUCUGGAGCUGAGCUUCCUGAUGGGGGGAUAUUGCUGCGCACUGUGUUGCAUGAGAGUGUUUUUGCCCUGUGUUGCUCACAGCCCAGAGCUCUGAUCGUCUCCCUGCUGAUGUUGCUGUGGUCCCACAUACACCACAGUGGGCCUGAUGCGUUCUGUAGAAGUACCUCUUCUUGUUCUGGCAGAAGGCCUCCUGCCAGGAGGAUGCACGGAGUCAACUGAUUUUUAGCAUUGACAGCAUGGCACUAGAGACACAUGGAAUGUACAAUUAUUAUACAGUCACCUAAUAUGCAGUCUGGAAAAGCUGUUUUGUUUUAAACCGAAUUUUCCUUUUUAAUAACCUUGUAGAAAAUCAUUACAGACAUUUUUAUCCGUCUUGUGCUGACAAGAUGAUUAAUAAAGGUUGAAUUAGCCAAAGUUUGUACAUGUCAAAAAGGCAAUGUAUUGAUCAUUAGUUGGAUAAUUCAUUGUUGAGUACCGUUAAAUGGGUAUUAAACAUUUAAAUAAGGGAAUCAAAGCAUUCCUUCUAUGUAUUGACUGCAAGCAUUGUUUGAUAACAUCAGGUCUCCCUUGUAACAUGUUUCUUUCAGUUUAAUGUCAUUUUGUCCAUUAAAUCAAAAACUAUAA